AUGUGUAAGCCCAAGGAAUUCAAGCUUGACCAGAAAAAUAUCGAAAAAAUCGCUGAAAUCGUAAAGGAUGUCGAACGAUUGGGGGAUCUUCCGCUCAACUCCAAUGCACCUGCCCGCAGUGGCCCUGCUCAGCCAGCCCUGUCUGCUAAACCAGGUGUCAGCAGUAGCAACACGGACGAGGAGGUAAUCGAUUUGACGGUCGAGGAGGAGGAUGAUCACGGCGACAUCGUCAUGGUCGACUUGACAGCGGAGGAAGAGACCACCCCAGCAGACCCCCUCGUACCCAACGCGGCGCUAAGUGAGGAACUGAAAAGCGACUUAGGUGAACAGAUGCGUAGCCCGCAAUACUUGGCCAUGAACGAGAUCGUGGAGACCAUAAAUGCCAACCAAGUUGUGGUCAUAAGUGGCGAGACAGGCUGCGGCAAGACCACCCAGAUCCCCCAGUAUAUCCUUGAAGAUGCCAUCCUUCGUGGCGACGGCUCCUGUACGCGAAUUGUAGUUACACAACCGAGGCGCAUCAGCGCCAUCUCGGUGGCUGAACGCGUGGCCUCUGAACGUGGUCAGCAGUUGGGAGAAGAUGUGGGCUACCAGAUUCGUCUGGAUAGUGUGCCACCGCGGCGACGCCAAGGUUCCCUGCUUUUCUGCACAACCGGAAUCGUUCUGCAGUGGUUCCAUUCUGACCCCCUUCUUAAGGAUUCCAAGAAUAAACUCUCGUUUCGUCUAUUUCUCCUCCUGCAGGGAGUCAGCCAUAUCAUCGUUGAUGAGGUCCACGAGCGAGAGAUGCUGGGUGACUUCCUGAUUACUAUGCUCAAGCGAAUUGCUCCGCAACGUCCGGACCUCCGAAUUGUGCUCAUGUCAGCUACACUCAAUGCGGAACUCUUCUCUUCCUUUUUCGGUAAGUACCACUGA